CACACGCCCAGCGUGCUCCCUCUCCCGAUAACGCCCUAAGAAGUUCGACCCGGCGCAACGAAGGCCCUUUGUUCAUUUUCAAGCCACACACGCGAAGCACCGCAACAUCGACUUUUCCCUCGUUUCCAGCAACUUACUUGUUUGUUAAAAGUUAUCAGACCGUUAAGUUACACUAGUUUAAUUCAAGAACGACCAAGUUCUUUUUAAGCUUUAUUCGUCGAGCUAAUUCCACCGACCAGCCAUGUGGCCCGCCAGCAGUAACCCAAGGACAUCCAAACAGAACAGCUUCCUUGUCAGACCAAGAACGGACAACACUUUUUCUUCAUUCAAGACAUGGAGAACCCCCGGAAAAUUCCCUAGCAGAAAGCCAGGAAUCGGGCAGCUAGCCAAGGCCGGCCGCCGACCCACAACGUGGCUGUGCGGACUGAUACCGGACUCCGCGCUGCAAAUGGCUGGUUUCCAGGUCUACAGAGCAGACAGAGAUCUCCGGCAAAACAAAAGAUGGAGUCCGUUUGGCUCCUUCAAAGUCUGCAAUCCAGUGAAGCUGGUAGAGGAGCUCCUGUCAGGCAAAGAGUGGUCACAAUUCCUGUACAGAGACCAGAGCUCCAUACCUGAGCCACCUCCAUACCAGACCCACUCAGAGGACACAGCACAGCUCAGUCUGAACUCCCAGUUUUACUCUAGUGCUGAACUGGACCUUGCUCUCAAUGUGUUUGAAGGCAAGCCUGCUGUACCAGAGGAGGAGCCUGUCUACGAGGAUAUCAGUCCAUCAAAUAUUAUCACAGGAAAGAGCCAAACACAUGAGCAACAGGAGAUGAACAGAACACCCAUUACUGCUGUACCAAAGAUAUUACUGGAGAGUGAAACCAGUCAGAUGAGCCUCAGGACUAAAGAUAUUUAUGACACAGUGGAGUUCAUCCAGCCUGGUCAGACAUGCAAGUACUUUUCUGAUAUUAAGUCUCAGGGGGUUCUGGACAGUUCCAUUAAGAAGUAUCUCAUCAAGCUGAGCAAGAAGAGGAAACACAGAGCACGGAAAUGGCAUCGUGACAGGAAUCAUGGAGAGAACCUUGGCCAGUCUCCAUCCUCCACCUCUCCACAAGUCUUCUCUGCCUCCAUCUUCUAUAAAAUUCCAGCUUCAGGAGGAGAGGAGGAACAGCAGGGCUGUAUAGCUAAGUCUGGAGGAAGCAGUCCCAGAUGUCUGGCCAAGAUGAAGUCAGCUCUGAAGCUGGGAGCAGCUCAGCCAAAGGAAGACAGAAGGAAGUAGAGGACGCGUUUUCCAUCCUAUUAAAAGUUGUUUGAUAUUAACAUCAAUUAUUACAACAAAACCAAAAAUUGCACCCUUUUUUGUGGAAUUAUAUGGAUAAUAAGGAGAAUGUGUACAAAAAGUAAUAAUGUUUUGCCUUGACUACCUACCAUGCAUUUGUUGGUUUAACCAAUGUGAUGGGUUUUCAGUGUCCUUUAAGUAAGAAUAUAAUGUCGUAUCUGUAUAAAUGUAGUGCUAUAAUACUAGAGAUAACUUGUUUUUUUAUACAAAUACAUUUUAUUAUUUAUGUCAAAACAAUAAAAUAAACAACAUUAUUGCCAGGCAUCACAUCUAGGCUACAUCAUAUUUAAUCGAACGUGGGGACAGCAAAUCUUUACACUGCAUAAUUUGUUUGUUUGUGGCAAAAAUAAAAAAGGAGUCAAAACAACUAUGAGGAUUUAGUAUCACGAAAAAGUUACAUCACAAAGGUACACAGAUUGAUCUAUAAAAUAUCAAGAGCCAGAUUUUAAAAUCAAAUGUGGUUGCAUAAACUAGUUCAAAUAUGCGGUCAGAUUAGAAAACAUUUCAGUCUUCAAAAUAUAGAUUUUCUUUGAUAAUGUUGAAGCUUGCCAAAGUCUCUAUCACUUUCGAUCUAUCUAUAUCUUCAAAUAUGUUUAAUGCCAUCUCAGUCCUCCCCCAAAGUCCUAUCAUUCUCAGUACUGCAGGCUGCUAUAGGCCUAGACUGCCGGGGGAUUUCCCAUGAUGCACUGAGCUCCUCUCUCCUCUACUUUCUCUCCCUCUGUAUGCAACCUUAUCCCAUUAUUGCA